CAGAACAUUAUUAGACAGCCAAGAGGCUCCAUUUCUUCACGGGAUUGAAAAUGGUGAAGAUAGAAUUUGGUAGCUUUCCCGACUCUUUUAGCGUUAAUUCCAUUAAGGCUUAUAUAGCAGAGUUCAUCGCUACUCUUCUUUUCGUCUUUGCUGGCGUUGGAUCAGCCAUCGCUUACGGUGAACUUACGGAGGAUGCAGCGUUGGAUGCGCCGGGACUGGUGGCGGUGGCGGUGGCCCAUGCGUUCGGCUUGUUUGUAGGAGUAGCGGUGGCAGCCAACAUCUCAGGCGGGCAUUUGAACCCAGCGGUUACUCUUGGAUUGGCAAUUGGAGGCAACAUCACCAUCUUAACUGGCAUCUUGUACUGGAUUUUCCAAUUGCUUGGCUCCAUCGUCGCAUGUCUCCUCCUCAAAUUUGUUACUGGUGGAAAGAGCAUUCCAACUCAUGGACUAGCAGCAGGUGUGGGUGCAGGAGAAGGUGUAGUGUUUGAGAUUAUUGUUACUUUCGGAUUGGUUUACACUGUGUAUGCCACAGCGGCUGAUCCCAAGAAGGGUUCCCUGGGAACCAUUGCGCCCAUUGCAAUUGGGUUCAUUGUGGGUGCCAACAUCUUGGCAGCCGGUCCAUUUAGUGGAGGUUCAAUGAACCCGGCUCGGUCCUUCGGCCCUGCUGUUGUAAGCGGCAACUUCAUGGAUAACUGGAUUUACUGGGUCGGCCCAUUGGUUGGAGGGGCCUUGGCCGGGUUGGUCUAUGGUGAUGUCUUCAUUGGUUCAUAUGCUCCGGUUCCUGCUGCUGAAAGCUACCCUUAAAUUUUUCUCAUGUGUGACCAGUUUCUCACCGUUUGAUUUCUUGCUUUAGUGUGGAAAUUGUAUCUUUGACCUUUGAUCAUCCACCCAGUGAAGGAGCUUCUUCUUGUAAUAAAAAUGUAAAUAAUAAACGCAAUUUAAUUUCUCAAGCCUUGCCCUCAGCUUUCAAGCUAAUUUUAACCGGCGUUAUGCCCCUGCUUUGCAUGUGCUGUCCAUAUAUAGAACAAUCAGUUUCCUUCAUAUUAUGACAUAAUGAAA